GCCUCUGAUACCAUGAGAAGAAAAGUAGAAUGCUAGGGUUUUUGGAGAAUGGUCUCAAAACAUUGAGAGAUUUAUUUUCUGAUUUCUCAUUUAUAUACCCAGCAACCUUUGCAGAGGACAAAGAGUUUAAUGGCAAAUCUACAGUACUUAACUAACUAAUUGAAAACAACAAAUAGAAACGUGCCAAGUGUCCACAAGACAGUGUUAAUUGCUGCAAACAAUAGGGUUGCUGACUUUUAGUCAAAUUGGGUUGCGGGCGAGUUGCGAGUCAAGUUAAUCGACCGGGUUACUCGGGUCAGAUUAUAUUUUGACAGGUUACUACCGAAGACAAAUGACGAACUUCGAUCGGGUAAUAAAAAAAGGGUUAAUACCCUAGUUUGACCCCGAAGUAUAGCGUUAGUGACAUGUAACACCAUGAUAUUUUAGAUUUGGGUUCGACCAUAUUAAAUGAGCGGUUAGUUUCACGGUUACGUACUAAGAGUUACAACCGCGGAUUAGGAAUAAUAAUAAUAACUAUUAUUAUUAUAUAUAAAAAAGACAUACAUAUAUAUAUGGGAGCGAGAAGACGCUCUCUCCUUCCUUCUCUUCUCCAAGCCAUCAAGAUUAAAGCAAGCAUAUGGUACAAGGCGUGGUCGGCUCCCAGGAGAAUCUUGGGUCGAAUGCAGGUCUCGUCGCAGAGAACUCCUACUGAGAUUGGUUGGCUUCCACCGCUGGCAGGCUGGGAUAAGAUGAACGUCGACGGAGCGGCUAAUGGGAGUCAAGGCCCUGCGGGAGCGGGCGACAUCCUCCGAAACGCAGAAGGCAGGUGGACAGGAGGUUUCGUGUGCAACUUGGGGUCGUGUUCGACGAUUUUGGCUGAACUUUGGGGCAUUUACCAUGGGCUGGGAGUAGCAUGGCAGCAGGGGUGCAGAACUCUCAUUCUCGAGACUGACUCCCAGAUGGCCUUGCAACUCAUUGACAAGAGAACUGAUCCCCUCCAUCCUCACGCUACUCUUCUUGCCGCUAUCAGACGUAGGAUCGCCCAAGACUGGGUGGUUAAGUUAGCUCACACUUAUCGGGAAGGGAAUAGAGCUGCGGACUGGCUCUCGAAGCACAGUCUCGUCUACCCCUACGGUAAGUAUGAACUAACGGCGCCACCCCAAAGGAUCCAACACAUUAUCGGAGAUGAUUGUAGAGGAACCACUAUUACUAGGAGCAUUGUGCGGGAGCGGUUACGGUGAGUACUACUUUUUAGUAAUCACCGUGGCUACUAAGGGUAGGAAUGGUAUUCUGGUGCUUAUUGUUUUGGUAGUGAUGCUAAAUUUUAUUGGUAGUGUUUACAUUGGGUAAGAAUAGUAUUCCGGUGCUUAUUGUUUUGGUAGUUAUGCUAAAUUUUAUUGGUAGUGUUUACAUUGUGUUAUUAGUGUAAUCUGUUUUGAUGGAUUGAUAUUCAAUAUUGAAAAUGAGUUGCUUGACCACUUCCAGCAAUUAAACCAUCGUAAGGUUC